AUGGACACCACAGGGUACAGAAAGUGGAGCAGCGGGUCCCUGGAGGUCCCCAAAGGGCGCUGCGGAGGCUGGGAGCACUGCAGGCAGAGACCCCUUCUCCUGGCCCUGGCUGUCCUGGUCACCACAGUCCUGUGGGCUCUCAUUCUGAGCAUCCUAUUGUCUAGAGCCUCCACGGAGCGCGGGGCGCUUCUCGGCAGCCAGGACCAGCUGAGGACAAACGUCUCGAAGCAGACGGCGGUGAUCGGUACCUUGGAGGAGGACACCAGGGCCUGCAAUAGCUGCUGCUUGGGGACGCGGGCACAGCUGCAGACAACGCACGCUGAUAUUUUGGAGACGGAAGCCAAGUUGAUCGAGCAGGAGAGCGCCCUGAAAGAACUUCGUGAGCGCAUGACCCAGGGCUUGGCUGAAUCGAGCAGGGACCGCGAAAACAUCCGCAAUGAGCUGUUCCAGACACUAGAUGCCAUCAGGCUCCACAACGGCUCCUGUGAGGAGUGCCCCAGGUCGUGGCUGCCCUUCGAGGGCUCCUGCUACUACUUCUCGGUGCCGCGGGCCACGUGGGCAGUGGCGCAGCAGCACUGCGCUGGCGCGGGCGCGCACCUGGUGAUCAUUAGGGGCCAGGAUGAGCAGAAUUUCCUGAGUGGGAAUACGCAUGGCCACGAAUACUGGAUGGGACUCAGGGCCGUGCGCCAGAAGGGCAGGAUUCAGAGCUACAAGUGGAUAGAUGGAGUCCCACUCAGCCACAGCCGCUGGAGCUUGGGGGAGCCCAAUGACGCUCAGGGACGCGAGGACUGUGUCAUGCUGCUCCCGUCAGGGCUGUGGAACGAUACACCGUGUGAUGAGAAGACCUUCUGGAUCUGUAAGAAGAGGCUCAGCUGCUGACUAUACCCAAUGCCCUGGAGCCAUACCCACUGCCUCACUUAGUAACCAGGUGCCCUUCACCAUCCCCGCUUUUGGCACCCACUGCCAAAAAAAAAAUUCUCCCCCAUCCACCACUACUGAGAACCCCUCGGUCCAACUCACCAUGAUGUCCAGUGCCUGUGCUCAGGGACCUCCGCUUCUACCUCACCACAACCCCACACAUGGUGACCUAACCUAACCUAACCUCCAUUCGCUCCAAAAUCCCCGCUCCCAGGUCCCAGUGAUCUGAUACCCCCUCUCUCUAGCCACCGUUAGACAACUGGGAGAUGCAGCUGUUGGGUUUUCCUGUAUUUCCCCCCAGAGUGGAAGCUCUUCCCAGCCUGAGGAAGCACCAAUAAAUGUUU